UAAACCAUCAGUAUAAGUUUAGUAAAUGGUUAAAACGGUCGAUAAUAAAAUUCUAAGAAAAUGGUUACGAUUGAAGGCGAUGAAAUGCUGCAGCAAAUCAUACAAAUAUUUUACCUGAGUGGAAUAUGGCAAAGUGACGAGGAGUCGAAUUACCGUAAAAUCGUCAAGAGAUUAUUCUACACUUGUUUCGGUGCUUGGCUGCCAAGUUUCUUUGCAAUCAAUGCUUUUCGAUGUGUUGAUCGGAACGAAUCGAUUUUUUCAAUGCAGGCUGCAAUUUUGAUUUCGGUUGUAUACAUGAAAUUUUUGAACCUUCUGUUCAAGAAAGAAGAAAUUCUCGCAUUUCUGAAUGAUCCGAUUGUUGUUCAUUCAAAUGUAAAUCGAGCUGAAUAUGAUCAAGUGAACAGAAAUAUAACGAAAUUUACGAAAUUCGUCCGUCCGUAUUGUUUGGCCAUAUUUAUAACUGCUGUUUUGGUCAUUGUUACAAAACUGCCAAUAUUCUCAGCCGAUAAAGGUUUGCCAUUUUUUAUUAGCUUCACGUGGAACGUUUCAGAAAUUGUUUAUUGGUUGGCGUAUUUGUUCUUAUCGCUGUCAACAGUAUUGUACUGCGUAAUAAAUUUGAUAAAUGUACUAGUUUGGUACAUAAUGUUGAAUUAUUCCAUCGAAUACGAAUUGUUGGGAAAUAAAUUGAAAACUUUAGGUGUGACAACAGUGAAAGUCAAAAAUCAGGACAAAAACAAGAAACCACAGAAACUCAAGAAAAAAGUACUGAACCAGAAAAGCUCGGUACCCGAAAGUAAGAAAUUCGUUGAGAAUUUAAUCGUUUUGGUAAAAGCUCAUCGAAACGUUACCGAAACAGUAGAGCGAUUUCGAUCCUGUUUCUCAACCAUAUUUUUGGCCCAAAUUACAACCAGCGGCAUCAUUAUUUGCGUUUCAGUUUACAGUUUGGCCUUUGGGUCGAACCGAAAUAUUGCACAAACAGAGUUUAAUGUUGUUGAACUGCUCUAUGGAAUUUUCGAUAUUUUUUUGGUUAUGUACCUGGCAAACGACAUUACCGUUUCGAGUGACCGAUUAUCUUACUGCUUGUUUGAGUCAAAUUGGAUUGAGCAAACUGAAUCAUGUAAAAAGUAUGUUCUGAUCAUGGCCGAAAUGUUGAAGCAACCGCAACAACUGGUCAUCUUGAUUUAUCCAAUGAACCUGGAAACUUUUGUGAAGAUUGCCAAUGGUGCCUACAGCAUGUUUAACAUAUUGAAAAGUUUAUAGUGCAACUACACGUCAAUAACCUGGUUUCAGCCAAACACUUUCACUUGACAAAAAUUUGGAUUUGAUUCAG